CGUGGGAUUCACCGAGAAAUAGAAUAUAAAUUAAUUUCAAUCGCUUUUUGUGAUAAGAGGGUACUUAAACUUUUGUGCGAAUAUUAACCGACUUCAUGUGGAUUAUUUGCGUUGCGAGAAGCGGCAGGAACCGUGUGAUUUAUAAUUUAUUUUGCUGGUUUAAGAAACUUGAGCAGUUUAAGUUUUAAGUUCGUUACUUAAUAAUUAAAAAGUUAAAACUAUAAUAUGGAGGAGGAGGAUACGAAACAAUGUCCCAAUUGCAAGCGCGAGAUCCCCUCGGUCAACUUCACGACGCACUCCGUGCACUGCGCGCGCAACCUGCGCAACUGUCCCGUCUGCAAGGAGCCAGUGCCCGUGGCACAACUGCAAGAGCACCACGACGCGUUGCACAAAGAAGUGCCGUGUAAGAAAUGCGGCGAGAGCGUCUGCGGGACGGACCUCGAGGACCACAUACGAGAUUCCUGCGCUCAAACUAUCAAGCCAUGCAGAUAUUGCGAGUUAGAGCUGCCACGGCACGCUCUGCCCCCGCACGAGACGUACUGCGGCGCGCGCAGCGAGCAAUGCCCCGAGUGCAAGGAAUACGUCAUGAUCAAGUACCGACAGCUGCAUUUGGACUCUAACCAUGGCUUCAUUCGGCUCUCUGACGAUCCUGUGCCAAUAGAAAUCAAAGCAAAGCCGAAACCCAUCACCAACGGUUUCGUAGCCUCCACCAGUCGCCAGACCGAACCCAGGGCCAGACCUCAAACUGAGACCUCUCAGACCGGACCCACUAGACCUGACCUAACCAGACAUACUGAGACACCUCAGACCGGACCCACUAGAUCUGAACUAACCAGACAUCAGACUGAGACCUCUCAGACCGGACCCACUAGACCUGACUUAACCAGACAUAAGACUGAGACAUCUCAGACCGGACCCAUCAGAUCUGAUCUUAAAACCAGACCUCAAACUGAGAUGCGAUAUUUUCCUGGGUCAAGCCAAGACAAUAGGGGUGUUAAUGGGGUUAAUGGAGGUAGAAACAUGGAACAUAGAGCUAGCGAUAGUUCUAGAAAUGAAAGAGUAUCUAAUGUGAGAGCGAGUGGGGAGAGGAAUGGGAAGGCGAGGGUGAAGAGGACGAACGAUCAGCCGCAGAUUAAUACGAGUGUGGAGCCGAGAGAAAAGGUGCAUAAGGAGUUACCGUCUCGCGGCGCCGUCAAGAAGCGUCCAGCCCCACAGCCCCCGGCGUCCCCGGCGGACCCCAAACGUGACCUCCCUUAUUGGAGCGCACAAAAGCGAGCGCAGGACGAAGAGCGCAAGCGACAAGAAGAAACUGCUUACAACCUCUCUGUCGGUCUCCCCCCCGUCCUCUCACCAGCGGCUAAAUUGGACAAGCUACGCAAAAUGGACGCGCUCCACAACCGAGAGUUAGAAGAAGACUACUGUCACAAGCUGCGAGGCCGAGUAUGGCAACCCACAGAACCAGGGGGCCAUAGACUAGGCGAGCCUGAUAGAGUGGGCCAAGACGGACAGAUCGACGACCUAAGCCACCUGCGGCCGAUGACCGCGCAACAGUUUAUGGACAGGUUCCAAGAGCUGCAACUAGGCGGCGAGCGUCCUCUAGCCACGAACGGUGCCACGUCGCCGGGGCGCUCCGGGACCUCGCCGGGGCGCUCCGCCGCGAGCGGAGACCGCUUUAGUGAGAUCAAGUCUUCACUAAGGGAGCUGCGACGCGGGCUCAACGAGGUGACAGCACCGUACAAUUCAGCGUCAAAUGCUACCAACAAUACUAACAUAGACAGCAACCGGCUGUGCCCGCCCGACGCCGACGCCGCUGAGCUGCGGCUCCCGUGCGAGUUCUGCGGCGUCCCUAUACUAGCCGACAACUUAGUAUUACACCAGACCGGUUGCCGGCCCGACUUGACCCAGUACCGGCCGAAGAAGUCGUCCCGCUCGCGGUCCCCGCGGCCGCGCCCGCCGCGCCCCCGCACCGCCUCCGAAAUGGACGACCCCGUCAUACCGUGCGAGUUCUGCACAGAGUCGCUGCCCGUCUACCUUAUUAGUGAGCAUCAGGUAAGACGCCUACAUUGUCGCUCUUAUUAG